UUUUACGUACAACAGACAGCUUAUUUUUGUAGGUUCUCGAUCGUCUCGUACCUGCUUAUUAACUCUUAUCGGUCUCACUGAUGAGAUCAGCAAAAACAGAAACGAUGUGACGCGUGCUUCUCGUUCAUGCCCAAUUGCUUCAAUGCAAAACCGCGUUCUUUACCUCGUCUAACAUUUAUUCAAGAUAAACGCCGAAACGAAUCGUCCGGCGUAACCUCGCGAAACGAUGAACGAUCGCUCUGACUUUGUUCAAUUCGAACGUUGAGUUAUCGAUACGUUUCCUUUAAAAGUGUCGUUAAAUAGAUUGCAUUUACUAUUAAUCGAGCGUGUGUUUUCCCUCCCAGCGCGAACAGGAUGGCAAAAAUCAGAACGCAAGACAAAUAUGUGAAACCGAAGAAUAAAACUGUGGUGAAUUCGCAGUUUGCGAAAAAGUCAGGUAAAUUUAUCAAGAUGUCCAUGCUGAACGUUUCAGUCACGGUUUUAUGUAUCGCUAUUGCUGGCUGGUUCAGUUAUAAAGGGUAUCUGGAAACGAGAGUGAACACUCCGUAUGACAUGAACAAGAUGGUGAUCGCCUCCGGACUGGACGUCCCAGACAGAUACUGGGGCACCUACAGGCCGGGUGUUUAUUUCGGAUUAAAGACGAGGGAUCCACAUUCCUUGGUAACGGGAUUGAUGUGGUAUUUCCCACACUCGUUGCGUCAAGACGGUAGUGGCCUUAGACACUGGUGCGAGCAAGGCGAUGAACUAGACAGAUACGCUUGGAUGGAACACGACGGGAGAACGUUUGGCGUUCAAGAAAUAGUGGAUCACGCAGCUAUUUUGAAUACUACGUUCGUUAAAAGACUCGGCGGGAAACACGGCGGGGAUUGGACAGCGAGGAUUGCCGUAACGUCGAAUAGAAAUCAGACAGGGGAGGAGAUUUCCUUGAUCUUCUACACUGCCAUCGAAGAGGGUGUGAAAGGAUCGGUGAUCAAAGUCAACACCGGCGAUGAGAAACGUUUGACGGGAAUAGAGGGGACUACCCAAGGUUUGGGCUCGUUCACUAUAAAUCUUGUCGUGACACGGGGCUCUGUAGUGGAGCAGUCCUUCCUAGCAGCGGUUGCGGCAGGUUUAAACGUACUCAAAGAGACUGUUCUCCAGAAUCUCAGAAUAGCCACGCAGAAAGGAUCCUCGAAAAAGUACAUAGUUCUGGCCGGGGAGCAAAUCCCGUCGUCGCCGGACGGAAAAAAGAAACGUCCAAACUUUAUCGCGUCUCAAGUGACGGGAAAGAUUCCUUUCGAGAUCGAAGUUUGUUUCGAAUCGGGCAGCUUCAUCGACAGAAUCGACAAGUUGACCGGCGAGACAUAUGAUCGCGCUCUGCAAACUCGAAGAAAGUUCUUCGACGAAAAGUUUGAGAGAGUGUUUAAACUACGAUCAAAGGAUUACACGGAGGAGGAGAUUCGGUUCGCAAAAAUGUCGCUGUCGAACAUGAUGGGCUCUAUCGGCUAUUUUUACGGCAGUUCGCAAGUGCAGAGCGAAUACACCAAAGGACCGGUGCCUUAUUGGAAAGCACCCUUGUACACCGCCGUGCCCAGUAGAAGCUUCUUCCCGCGAGGAUUUCUGUGGGACGAGGGCUUUCACGGAUUACUCGUAUCAGUUUGGGAUUUAGAGAUCGAGCUGGACAUCAUGAACCAUUGGUUCGACACGAUGAACGUCGAAGGCUGGAUUCCAAGGGAAAUGAUCUUGGGUCAAGAGGCCCUGGCCAAGGUUCCGGAAGAGUUUGUCACUCAGAUGAACACGAACGCGAACCCGCCCACAUUUUACCUCACGCUGCACUUUAUAUUGAGACACAAGCACGACGAACUGCUGGAGAAGCAGUUCCUCGGCAAUCUGUACCCUCGCCUCGAGGCAUGGUUCAAUUGGUUCAAUACCACGCAAACGGGAGACAUACCGAGUACGUACAGGUGGCGAGGGAGAGACGGGUCGACCAACAGAGAGCUGAAUCCGAAGACUCUCACGUCCGGACUGGACGAUUAUCCGAGAGCCUCUCAUCCUAACGUCGACGAACGACACGUCGAUCUGCGAUGUUGGAUCGCGUUCGCCGCCGAUGUCAUGCAUCAGAUCGGCCAAGUCAUAGGCCAACCGUCGAACGUCGUCGACAAGUAUCGGGAGACGUAUCGAUACUUGUCGGACAACGAUCUGUUGAAUAAGUUACACUGGUCUCCGAGCACGCAGACUUUUGCCGAUUUCGGUUUGCACACGGACAAGGUGUCUCUACGGAAACCGACAACGCCACCGAGGUCGCAACCCGCGGAAACUGUACGAGUCGUGACGCAGGACCCGACUCUGAGAUACGUCGACACGUCCUUUGGCUACGUCUCGUUGUUUCCGUAUAUUCUGCAGAUCAUUGAUCCCGACUCUCCACAAUUGGCCAAAGUACUGAAGGACCUGAGGAACGACGAUCUGUUGUGGACCAAGUACGGCUUGCGGUCUCUCGCGAAGACGUCGCCGUUCUACAUGAAGUACAACACCGAACAUGAUGCUCCGUAUUGGAGGGGAGCCAUUUGGAUGAACUUGAAUUAUUUAACAGUACGGGCGACGUAUCAUUAUUCCAAUACGGACGGUCCGUACCGGGACGAAGCGAAGGAGAUUUAUCAGAGUUUAAGACGGAAUCUGAUACAGAAUUUGAUUCAGCAGUACAAAAAAUCGGGAUACCUGUGGGAGAAUUAUGGAGAUGUCCACGGAGAGGGCAGAGGCAGUCACCCGUUCACCGGCUGGACGUCUCUGGUCGUAUUACUUAUGGCAGAAAUUUACUAAUCGUGUAUAUUAUUUCCAAGUAGCUCUACUCUUUAUACAAGUAUCGUGUGUACGAGUAUGUUAAUUUACCAACAGAAUCGUUACCUUUAGAAAUACGACAUGAGAAGAUGUACAAAGACUGCACAGACACACAACAUUUAUCCAAUUUGCAAUUAUCAAUGAAAUAUUUUUAAAUACAGUUUAUAAAUAGACUCGCUUCUCUUUUUAUCGCGGGUAUCGUGUGAGACUCGCCUGUAUUAUUUUAAUGUAAUAUAAAUAUAGAUACUUGUUCAAUUUUGGCUGUGACGAAUAGAAAUCGUACUGUAACGUCGUCUUUGAAUAAAUACAUUGGAACAUUUU